CGUGGCGGCAGUCAUGGCGGCUGCGUCGGGUUCAGUUCGCCUACAGCGCUGCGUGGUGUCGCCGGCUGGGAGGCACAGCGCCUCUCUGAUCUUCCUGCAUGGCUCAGAGUAAGGACGCUUGUUUGAAUCUUUGCAUCCCUAGUGCGGCCCAGGGUGAUUCUGGACAAGGAUUGAGAACGUGGAUCGAGCAAGUUUUAAAUCAAGAUUUCACAUUCCAACAUGUAAAAGUUAUUUAUCCAACAGCUCCUCCCAGGCCAUAUACUCCUUUGAAAGGAGGAUUCUCCAAUGUAUGGUUUGACAGAUUUCAAAUAUCUAAUGACUGCCCAGAACACCUUGAAUCAAUUGAUGUAAUGUGUCAGGUGCUUACAGAUUUGAUUGAUGGUGAAGUAAAAAGUGGUAUCAAGAAGAACAGGAUAUUAGUAGGAGGAUUUUCUAUGGGAGGGUGCAUGGCAAUGCAUUUAGCAUACAGAAAUCAUCAGGAUGUGGCAGGAGUAUUUGCUCUUUCUAGUUUUCUGAAUAAGACAUCUGCUGUUUACCAGGCUCUUCAGAAAAGUGAUGGUGUCCUCCCUGAAUUAUUUCAGUGUCAUGGUACCGCAGAUGAGUUAGUUCUUCAUUCUUGGGGUGAAGAGACAAACUCAGUAUUAAAAUCUCUAGGCGUGAGGACAAAGUUUCAUAGUUUCCCAGGUGUUUACCAUGAGUUAAGCAAAGCUGAGCUAGAAAAACUGAAGUCAUGGAUUCUUACAAAGCUGCCAGACUGAAUGAGUCAAGAUUGAUUUGUUAAUAUAUAAGCAAUGUCUUUAUGAAAAGUGAUUUUUACUGCCAAAUUCUAAUUUGAUAAACAAUAAUUAAAAUAUUAAAAAAUAUCAGCAGUUUACUGACUUAUUAGUUAUUGAAAUGCUUAGCACCAUAGAGAGUAGUAUAACGUUAAUUUAGGCAAACAUCUGUGUAUUAUUUGGCAGAUACAUUUUUAUAAAUAUUUGAAGGCCUUGUAAGUAAGUAAAUAUUGAAAUAUUAGAAAGUAAUUAAACUAGCUUAAAUAAAGGCAAUGAGAAACCAGGAAAAGUUUUAACAUGAUAUUAUUUUAUCUUUGUUGUCACUUUCUUUAAAUUGCCUUUCCGGAGAUAUUCAUGCUCGUGUAGUUUUUGACAGAAUAACAUUAGUACCCCACAUUUAUAGAGUAGUUUCCCGUUACCUCACCUGACCAUCACAAGAGCUUGAUGAAGUAGACUGAGUAGUUGUUACUGGUAUUUUAUAAUAGGGAUAGAAGGAUUGAAAACUUUCCCAAAGCCUCUAGAGUAAAAACUGGAAUCCAGACCUUCUGGUCCCAGUGGAGCUCCCUUUCUCUGAGACCAGAUUGCUGCUCUGCUCCAGUCCUAGGGUUCCAGUUGCUCUUCAGAUCCUUGUCAGCACUCAGUAUGGCCAGUCUUUUCAGUUUUAUCCAUUCUGGUGGGUAUACAGUGGUAACAAUUUGUGGGUUUAAUCUGCAUUUUCCUAACCUAAUGGUGUUAAGCAAUUUCUAUAUGCUUAUUUGUGAUCUGUAUAAAUUCUGAUGAUAUCUCUAUUCAGAUCUUCUGCCCAUUUUUUAUUAGGGCAUUGUAACAGCUUGCAUUGUAAAAGCUGUUUAUAUAUGCUGGAUAGAAAUUCUUUGUUAGCCAGAUGUUUUACCUUUUUUUUUUUUCUUAGUCUGUGGCUUGCCUUAUUUUCUUUACAGUGUAAUUCAAAAGAGCAGAAGUUUUUAAUUUGAUGACGUCCAGUUUAUUCAUUUUUUUUCAUUUAUACUUUGUGCUUUUGAUGUCAUAUUUAAGCAUUCUUAAGAAAUCCUAGGUCACUAAGAUUUUCUCUUAUAUUUUCUUCAACUAAUACACUCCUUUAGUGCUAUAAAUCUUCCCACAAGUAUUAUAUUAGUAACAUCCCACGAUCUUUUAUAUUUUGUGUUUUCAUUUUCAUUCAGGUCAAAUCUUUCUAAAUUCCCUUUUGAUUUCUUCUUUAACCCUUGGGUUACUUAAAAUUGUGUUAUUUUGUUUCAGUAUAUUGGGAAUUUUCUAGAGAUCUUUGCUAUUGAUGUCUAAGUUAAUUCCAUUGUGGGUCAAGAGAGCAUACUUUGUAUGGCUUGAAACCUUUUAAAUUUAUUGUGACUUGUUUUAUAGCCCAGAAGAUGGUCUAUCUUGGUAAAUGUUUUGUGUGCACUUUAGAAAAAUAUAUAUGAUGCUAGUGUUGGGUGGAGUGUUCUCUACAUAUCAGUCAGAUCAAGUUGGUUGAUAUCCUUGUUUAAAUCUACUAUAUCCUUGCUGAUUUUCUGCCUGCUUGUUUUAUAAAUUAUUGAGAGGGGAAUAUUGAAAGUUCCAAGUAUAACUGAAUUUGUUUCACUUUGCCAUUCCCUCAGUUUUCGCUUCAUGUACUAUGAGGCUCCAUUAUUAGAUGCGUAAACAUGUAGGACUAUUAUGUUCCCCUGAUGAACUGGCCUCUUCUUCUUUAUGAAAUGAUCAUCUCUAUCCGUGAUAGAUUUUUUUGCUCUGAAAUACUCAUUGUGUGAUAUUGAUAUAGUCCUUCCAGCUCCCUUUAGCCUAGCAUCUUUUUCCAUACUUCUCUUUUAACCUAUUUGUGUCUUUAUCUGUAAAGAGCAAUUCCAUCAGGCAGAACACAGUUAGGCCUUCCUUUUCUAUCCAGUAUGGUCAUCCCUGCUUUUUAAUUGAUUAUUUAGAACACUUUAAUGUGAUUGUUGGCAUGUUUGGAUUUCAAGCUACCAUCUUAGCUGUUUAUUUUCUCUAUAUUCCAUCUCUUCUUCUUUGCUCCCUUAUUCCUCUCUUUCUACUCCCCCUUUUUUCCUUGGAUUAUGUGUUCUUUUGCUGGCUUCUUAGUUAUGAUACUUUGUACUUUUAUUUUAAUGAUUACUUUAGGGUUUAUAGCAUAUAAUUUUUAUAAACUUUUUUAAAUUUUGAAAUAAUUACAAGCUCACAGGAAGUGUUAAAGAUAGUACAGAGGAGUCCCAUGUACCCUGCGCCCAAUGGUUACAUCUUACGUAACUAUAGUAUAAUGUCAAAACCAGGAAACUGACAUUGGUACAAUGUGUGUGUAUAGUUAUAUGCCAUUUUUUCACAUGGCUGCAUGGAUUCAUGUAUCCACCACUACAAUCAAUAUGCAGAACUGUUCCAUGACCACAAAGAGGCCCAUUGUGCUGCCUAUAGUCAUAUCAGUCCCUUCCUCUGUCACCAUCUAACCCAUAACAACCACUGAUUUGUACUCCAUCUCUAUAACUGGACAUUGUGAGAAUGUUAUAGAAGUAGAACUAUACAGUAUGUGACAUUUUGAGAUUGACUUUUUUCACUCCAUCCAAAUUGUUGCAACCAUCAAUAGUUUACUUCUUUUUAUUGCUGAGUAGUAUGCCAUGACAUGAAUGUAUUCAGUAUUAUAGUUUGUUAAACUGUUCUCCAAUUAAAACACAGUUUUUUUUGGCUAUUACGAAUAAAACUGCCUUGAACACUCCUGUAUAGAUUUUUGUCUAGCCGUAAUUUUUUUUCUCUCUGGGAUAAAUACCCAAGAGAGUGAUUCCUGGGUUGUAUAAUAAGUGUAUGUUUAAGAAACUACCAGACUUUUCCAGAGUAGCUGUGCCAUCUUAUAUUCCUACCAGCAAGGCAGGAGAGAUAAAUAUUCUCUGCAUCCUCAUCAGCAUUUUGUAGUUUCACUAUUUUUUUUUAUUUUAGCUGUUCUAAUAGGUAUAUAAUGAAAUCUCAUUGUGGUCAAAAUGUGCAUUCCCUAAUGGCUAGUGAUUUUGAGCCUAUUUUCAUAAGCUUAUUUGCCAUCUCUAUAUCCUAUUUGGUAGAUGUUUCUUCAUGUCUUUUGCCCAUGAUCAAAUUGGAUUUUCUUUUUUGUUUGCAUUAACUGUUGAGUUUUGAAAGUUUCUUUUAAUAUCUUCUAGAUGUGAGUCUUUUGUUAGUUACAUAGUUUUCAAAUAUUUUUUCACUGUCUGUAGCUUGUCUUUGCAACUUCUUAGGUCCUUUUAUGCAAAAGUUCUAAAUUUUAAUGGAGUCCAGUUUACUGACUUUUUCUUUCAUGGAUUAUGCUUUUGGUGUUAGUGAGCUAUUGUGAGUUAAUUUUUGUAUAAGGUGUGAGAUUUAGGUUGACAUUCAUUUUAUGUUUUUGCCUAUAGAUACCAAGUUGCCCAGCACUGUUUGGUGAAAAAACUAUCCUUCCUCCAUUGAAUUAUUUUUGUACCUUUAUCAAAAAUCAGUUGUCUGUUGCUUGUGUGUCUGUUUCUUGUUUAUCUGUUCUGUUCCAUUGAUCUCUGUGUCUGUCCACAUAACGUUAAUUACUAUAGUUAUGUAAUUCUUGCAGUCAGGUACAGUUAAUUCUUCCUAAUUUAUUCUCCUUUUCAAAAUUGUAUUAGCUAUUUUAGUUCCUUUCCUUUCCAUAUAAAUUUUAAAAUACACUAAUCUAUAUCCACCCAAGAAAUCUUGCUGGAAUUUUGAAAGGAAGUGUGUUAAAUUUGUAUAACAAUUUAGAGAGAAUUGACAUCCUUUCCAUAUUGAAUCUUCCAAUUCAUGAACAUGAUAUAUUACUCCACUUAUUUAGGUCUUCUGUAGUUUCUUUCAUUAUUUUUUUGUAGCAUUUAACAUACAAGUUCUGUACAUGUUUUGUUAGAUUUGUACCUGAGUAUUUUAUUUUUUGAGGAAUUAUAAUUGGUACUGUAUUAUUAAAUACAGUUUCCCUGUGUACAUUGCUAGCUUAUUGAAAUACAGUUGUUUUUUGUGUGGGUGUCUUAUAUGAUCUUGUUUAGGUCAGUUACUAAUUCUAGGAGGUUUUCUGUAAAUUCCUUGGGAUUUUCUACAAAGAAAAUGUCACUUGCAAAUUGGAAUCAAUUUAUUUCUUCCUUUCCAAAUGAAGUCCUUGUAUUUCCUUUCCGUUGCUUAUUACACUGGCUAGAACUUCCAGCACCAUGCUGGAUGAGAACAGUGAAAGCAGACAUCCUUGUCUUGUUCCCAGCCUUAGGGGGAAAGCAUUCAGUCUUUCAUUAGUAAAUAUGUUAGCUGUAGGGUUUUUUGUAGAUGUUCUUAUCAAGUCAAUGAAACUCCUCUCUAUUCCUAGUUUUCUAAGAGUUUUUAUCAUGAAUGGUUGUUGAAUUUUAUCAAAUGCUUUUUCCACAACAAGGGAUAAAAUUAUGUAUAAUUAUUAAUGAUAUAAUUUAUUAUUAUAUUAUAGUUAUUAAUAAUAUAAAAUUAUUCUCUUUAGCCUGUUAAUAAUAUGUUCUUCUAUAUCUGGUAUGUGUUUUUACUCUUGCUGUUUUUGAGUUUCUCUUGUCACUGAUAUUGAGCAAUUUGAUUAUGACAUAUAUUGGUUGGUAUAGUUUUUCAUGUUUCUUAUCCCAGGGGUUCCUUCUAAUCUUUUUAGGUGGUUCUUUCUGGCCCCAGAUAGUUUACUCUGUGAAUACUCCAGGUGGACCAUCUCUAGAUCUCUGGAGUUCUGUCUCUGUGAAACUUACUCUUUGGUACUCUGUCCUCUCAAUUCUAGCCAACAUCAUCUACUCAGACUCUUAGCUCUGCAUGUCAACUCAGGGAGUCCACCAGGCUCUGCAUGGAUUUUUCCUCUCUGUUCUGCAGUCUGGGAACUCUCUCAAGGCAGUAAGCUAGGGACAUUAUAAGGCUCACCGUGUUUCCUUUCCUUCUCUCAGUGAUCACUAUCCUUCAUUGCCUGAUGUAUGCUGCUUUGAAAAACAUUAUCUCCAGUACUUUGCCUUUGUUUGUUUUGUUUUGUUUUUGUUUUCUGUUUGUUUCAGGUGAAAGAAUCCAUCUAGUCCCUGUUUAUAAAUAACAUUAUGUCUGAAUGCUAAAUUAUCCUGUAAAGAGAUUUUUUUAAGUUUUUUAAAGUCUUUUAUAUUUACCCAUACUCUUUCCUUUUCUAAUGUUCUUCAUUCCUUAAUAUAGCUUCAGAUUUCCAUAUGGUAUCAUUUUCCUUCUGCCUGAAAUACAUUAACAUUUAUGACAGACAUGUCUGCUGCUGUUAAAUUCUUUCAACAUUUUUCUAUCUGAAAAAGUAUUAUUUUGUUUUUAUUUUUGAGAGCUGUAUAGAAUUCUAACUUGACAGGGUUUUCUUUCUUUCAUUCCUUUAAAGAUCUUAUGCUGUCAUCUUCUAGUUUGCAUUUUUUCUACUGUUGUUCUAAUCUUUUAUCCUCUGGCUGCUUUUACAAUUUUCUCUAUUUUUAGUUUUAAGCGAUUUGAUUAUGAUGUGCGUUGGUGUUGUUUUCUCCAGUUUCUUUGUGCUUGGAAUUUCUUGAGUUUCUAAUCUGUGGAUUUAUCGUUUUCAUGAAAUUUGGAGACGUUUUGGCCAUUGCAUUUUCAAAUGUUUGUUUGCCUAUCUCCUGUCCCUUUUUUUGUAGGAUUUCAAUUAUACUUAUAUUAGAGUAUUUGAAGUUGUUUCACAACUUACUUGUACUUAUUUUUUUCUUUUUUUAAAUUUGUUUUCACUCUCCAUUUUAUUUUGGAUAGUUUCUAUUCCUGUUGUGAAUUUCACUGAUAUUCUCUUCUGCAGUUAUUUGUCAUUAAUCCCAUCUUUUUUAUCUCAGAUAUUGCCUAUCUCUAGAAGUUCUUUUUUUUAAUUUCUUGAAUUCAUAUAAUUAAUAUGCUUAGUCUUUUCUCCACCUUCUGGAAUAUAUGGGAUAUAGUUUUAACAGCAGUUUUAAUAUCUUUAUUUGUUGAGUCUGUCAUCUCUGUCAUUUUUGACUUUGUUUCAAUUAAUUUUUCUUUUUAUUAAGGAUAAAUUUUUUUGCUUCCUUUAUAUGCCUAGUGAUUUUUUAUUGGAUUUCAGACAUUGUGAAUUCUACAAUGUUAAGUGCUAGAUCGGUUUGCAUUUCUAUAAAUAUUUAUGAGCUUUGCCAUGGAAUGCAAUUAAGUUACUUGGAAAGUACUUAGAAGUAUUUUGAUCCUUUCAGGCUUCCUUUUAAGCUUUCUUAGGUAGUACUAGAGCAGUGUUUGCUCCAGGACUAACUUUGCCCCACCAUUCAAGCAACACGUGUUUGAGUACUCUAGCUGAUACUCACUGGAUUGUGAGGUUUUACACUCUGACUAGUGGGAACUCAAAUUUUUCCCAGUCCUCUCUGAGCCUCAGUGAUCAUUCCUUCUGUUCCUUCUAGGUAGUUCAUACUUGCCUUACACAAAUCUGUUGGUUAGUACUCUGCUGAAGAUUUGAGGGGGACCCUCUGAAGAUCUCUGGCAGUCUUGCAGCCGUCCAGUACUCUGUCAUGUGAACUCGAAGCUCCUUGACUUUCUGGACUCCCAACUCUGUCUCCUCCUUCAGCUCCAUCUGGGUCUCCGUCUCCAUGCUGUAGCCUUGAAACUCUUCACACAGUAAGCUGGGCAAUUGUAGAGCUCACUGCAUUUGCUUCUCCUUCUUAAGGGAUGACUCUCCUGCACUGCUAGUGCCCAAUAUCUGAAAAUAUAUAUGUGGCCCACCUUUUCAGUUGUUUCAGGUCAAAAAAUAAAUCUGGUCCCUGUUCCACCUUGGCCGUGUUGGUCAUAAGUGGAAGUCCCUUCAUUCCCCUUUUAUUUGAAGCUAUAAACUGUAAAUUUGAAGAGGGAGGGAAGGAGAAAGGGUAGGAAGGAGAGAGGAAGAGAGACAGAGACUGAGACUUUAACUAAUAAAGUCCAAAUCCCCUCAGAGAAGACUCAGUUCGUGCAGUGUUCUAAUUAUCUUAAGCUUUUAAUGACCUUCAACUUCUUGAAAUUUUAAAUGCCCUGGCUUGAAUAUACAUGGUAUCACUCAUGUUUAAAGCCCUUAUGGCUGCAAUUUGCCUUAAGAGUAACAUAUAUACAUAUCAUAGAUAAGGGUGUCAGGCUUAUAUGUGUUGAGUAUAUACAUACCAAAUAUAAGAGAAAGGAAUCCAGAUUUUUUUGGUGAAUAUUUGUCCUAUCACUUGAUAAUUAUGUAUUCUUGGAUAACUCUCAGCCUCUGCUACAGUAUACUCUUGUGAAAUUGUUGUGUGAGGAUCAAGUUGUAGAGCAUGUGUAAAAGCCUUUAAUAAAAUGUAAAGUUAAAGA